AUGGUGAUCUUCAAAGUCAUGAAAGAAUUCAUACUGGAGCAAAAUCCUACAAAUGUGAUGAAUGUGAUCACACUCAUCUUCGAAUACAUAAAAGAACACAUAGUGGAGAGAAACCCUACACAUGUAAUGAAUGUGGAAAAGCCUUUGUACGUCACAGUUAUCUCCAAAUACAUAAAAGAACACAUAUUGGAGAGAAACCAUUCAAAUGUAAUCAGUGUGGUAAAGCCUAUAUAUGUUAUAGUCAUCUUCAAAUACAUAAAAGAACACAUACUGGAGAAAAACCCUACAAAUGUAUUCAAUGUGGCAAAGCCUUUGCAUAUCAUAGUCAUCUUCGAAAACAUAAAAGAACACAUACUGGAGAGAAACCUUAUAAAUGUAAUGAAUGUGGUAAAGCUUUUGCACAAAAUUGUAAUCUCCAAAUACACAAAAGAACACAUACUGGAGAGAAACCCUACAGAUGUAAUGAAUGUGGUAAAGCCUUUGCAUGUCAAGGUCCUCUUCAAAUACAUAAAAGGACACAUACUGGAGAGAAGCCCUACAAAUGUAAUGAAUGUGGCAAAGACUUUGUGCGUCACAAUGAUCUUCAAAGUCAUGAAAGAACACAUACUGGAGAGAAACCCUGUGAAUGUAAGCAAUGUGAUAAAGCCUUUGCACUUCCCAGUUAUCUACAAAGACAUAAAAGAACACAUAGUGGAGAGAAACCGCCGUAUCUGCGUGGAGACUAGAUUGCUUUUUCUACUACAAACCUCUACGGCUGGAAAAACCAGGACUCCCAUUUCAGCGUCAGCCCUGAUUCUCUGA